AAUGGGUAUUUAAAGGCGAUUUGAUUGCAUAAUGAUAGCACAUUCAUCUUGAUCAAUCACAUUAUCAACAACCGACAAACAAACCAAUGGAUCAACAAUCAUCAUCAUCGAUCGAAAAUCCUAUUGAACGUGAACUAAAGAAUUUGAUUUUGAAAGCUAAAAAGCUAAUUCAAAACAAUGCUGAUGAUGAUUUACCAAAAGAUUUUGAUUGGAUCAAGCAGAAUAUUGAUUCGACCGAAAAAUUAUUGAAACAAAUCGAAUCGAUACAGCAAAAAAAUGUAUCGAUUAUCGAUACGAAAUUAUUCAAUGAAUCACGUGAUUGUUGUGAACAAUUAAAAAAUUGGUCAAAAUUAUUGUUGGAACAUCGUAAACGAAUACAGAAUGAUGAUCAAAAACAAAUGGUUCAACAAUUGGAUCAAUUUAGUCAACAAAACACUAGUUUUAAUAUUACACGUAAAUAUUUUUUUAAUAAAUAA